CUUGAUGAGAUGGUGAAGCUCAGAUUCAUAGGAGAAGCAAAGAAGGCAGUUUGUUUGAAGAGGCAAAAAUCAGCACAGGCAGCUCAUGUCCCAUUUUCAGUGUUGGUGGCAUUAGGUAAAUCUCAAGAGCAAAUCACCCUCUCCAUACAUGAGCCUAUUAUUCAUCACUACAAUCGCCUUGGAAGAGUAAUGGUCACAUACAAUUCCUCUGCUGGUACUUGGCACUGCCCAUGUGCAAAGCCCAGAAUGUCUUGCCCUCACAAAAACAUUGCCAAAUGGCACUUAUUCCAAACAAAUAAGAGCUUAUUCACAACAGAGAAAGCUACUAAAUCGAGUGACACCUUGUGUCCACAGCACUCAGAUGAGCUCAUCGACACUCCCCCAAUUGACCUUCAAAGCACCGUGGAAUAUAUAUAUAACAAAAAGAAAAUUCCAGGUAAUCUCCCAGAAGCAGCGGCCAAAUCAAACACAUUUCCGUCAAGGUAUCUUCCAGUGGAGACAACUUGUAUGAUCUGCGAUGGUGAAAUUGCACUUGAUGAGCCAGCACUGAUUACUGCGAAAGCUAAAAUUGUAACCAUGGAAAGUAUCAUUGAUGGCAUCUCUACUUACACCAGAAGAUGCCUAGGGUGUAAUAUGAUAUAUAGGUACCAGGAAUGGCAGGAUGGUCUCCACAAUUUUGAUGAUCAUGUGCUUUUGAGUCUCGAACUUUGUCUGUAUCUAAGACACAGUUUACAGAACCACGUAUCAGUUUCCAGGGCUAUAGACACUUUGGAGGGCUUACGGGGAGUAAAACACCCUAACAGAGACACCAUACUCCAUACUCCAUGGGCUGGACCAAAAAUCCAUUUGCUGUGCAACGUAGUUAUUCUAGGUGGGCUCCAUAGAUAG